CACUUAUGCUUCUCCCCCCCACCACCAGCCUACCAUUACACCUCCCCACCACCUCCGGUCCACCAUGAGAAGCCACCCAAGGAGCGUUAUUCACCUCCACCGACCACACCUUACAAGUCACCAUCACCUUCCCCGGUUUACAAAUCCCCCCCUCCUCCUGUUCAUGAGUAUCCAACACCAUCACCAGUGUACAAGUCUCCACCUGUAGACAAGUAUCCACCACCAACUCCCGUUCACAAGUCUCCCCCAGUUCAUGAAUAUCCACCACCCACCCCUGUUUAUAAGUCUCCACCAGUCUCACCACCUACCCCGGUGUACAAGUCUCCACCAGUUCACAAGUAUCCACCACCCACCCCUGUGUACAAGUCUCCACCAGUUCACAAGUAUCCACCACCUACCCCUGUGUACAAGUCUCCACCUGUUCAUGAAUAUCCACCACCUACCCCAGCUUACAAGUCUCCACCAGUCUCACCACCCACCCCAGUGUACAAGUCACCACCAGUGCACAAAUACCCACCACCCACCCCAGUUUACAAGUCUCCACCACUCUCACCACCCACCCCAGUGUACAAGUCACCACCGGUCUCACCACCCACCCCAGUGUACAAGUCACCACCGGUGCACAAGUACCCUCCACCUACUCCGGUUUACAAGUCUCCACCAGUUCACAAGUACCCACCUCCCACCCCUGUUUACAAGUCUCCACCUGUUCAUGAAUACCCACCUCCCACUCCAGUUUACAAGUCUCCACCUGUUCACGAGUACCCACCACCCACACCAUUUUACAAGUUCCCACCAGUUCACAAGUCCCCACCUCCCACCCCCGUUUAUAAGUCUCCACCAGUUCACAAGUCCCCACCAUCACCUAGUUCAGUCCACAAAUCUCCACCAAUCCAUCAUGAUCAUCCUAAACCUGUCUCCCAUCCCACUCCUUCCCCUUAUAUAUACGCUUCUCCUCCACCCCCUUACUAAAAGGUUCAAUUUGAUUAAUGAGGAAGUGAAACAAAUUGGAGGACAUAUCUAUCUUAGCUUUGUCGAUGGAGCUAGAAGCCUAGAAUAUGAGAUUCUUGAGAUGAUAUAUAAAGUUUGUUGUUUUGCUUUGAGAUUUAAAUUUUUAUAUGAAUUAAUAAAUUAGUACAAGAAAAAUUAAAGUUGUAUAAUUAUAUCAUGUGAUCUAGUUGUAAUCCAGUGCUUUGCAUGAUCUGCAUGGCUUGGAUACAAUUUUGUAAUAUUAUUUUGUAAGUUCAUGUUGACAUAAUAAAUUGUUACUGGCCUUUUGGUACGUAAGAUUCUUAA